AUGCUAGGACUCGGCAGAUCUGCGCGUAUUGCUACGUUCAGAACGGCCCUUAAUGCACAAUGCAUUGCUUUCACCGCACUUCGAUCAGGAGUAGCACAUUACUCAACCAAGCAGUCUGAUCAAGCACCAGCUCCCACGAAGACGAAGAAGAAGAAGUCCAUGAACAUAGCCAAUGUACCACUCGCGUACAUUGGAGUCAUGUCAGACUUGUACAUCCCACCCCGUCUUCUCAAAUACUCGCCGCUCUCGUGGCCGAAAUUGAUGUUGCGUCGAUUACUUACAUUUGCAUUCAACACCUACAAUGUCAUCAAGUAUAAACGAGAAAUUGCCCAACCUUUACAAUUCAAUGAAUGGAAGGAUAAGGCUAUUGAAAACUAUGUGAAAACCAACAAGAUCUUUGCUCAAGCUUGUAACAAUUUCACAUCAACUGCGUCGUCGCUGCGUGAUGUGUCCAAAUUUAUCAAUUUGAAAUUGAAUCAAUGUUGUGGUAAACACUUGAUUGAUGUGCUCAAUUUACGAGCAGCUAAUUUCCAACCAAAUUACAAGAUCAGUUGGGAUUUGAAAUCGAUUGACGCUAACCCCAAAAUCAGCAUGUUUAGCGUUAUACCGGACCAAGAUGGGAUCGGAUGCUUUGUUCAAUUUAUAAUGAAGUUGAAAACCACACAACAAGUAACAGUAACGGAACGCGUUGGUGGGAAAUUGGUACAGGAUGUUGAGAGCCAAAGUACCGAUUACCUCGUUUACUCAAUGAAUCCAUUUAAUGGACAGAUUUUGCUUGUGGGUAAGUUGUUUGAGAGUGAUGACAAGCGAGGGUUGAAACCAGAGUUGGAUGCUUUUGAUGCCCAUGCGAUGCAAAAGUUUGUGUUGAAAGCAGCGGAUAUCUAUCGUGACGGUCCAAAUUGA